UCAGGAACAAAAGCUCCAGCGGAGUCUGGCGGAGGCACUAAGGGAGCACGGGGUGUUUUGAAUAAUUAUUAAAAUUAGCAUGUGUCUGCGCCAUCCUGUGGGUGUGGCGCAGAGAGGAGUGUAAACUCUAGCGGGGCUGGAGCAAACAUUGGAUUAGCGGCAGCAGCCUGCCAACCUGCCCGAGGAGUGCUGGGACCAGCGCGCUGCACGCCGACUGGCACGAUGGCCUCGUCUCAGGGGAAAAACGAGCUGAAAUUAGCCGACUGGAUGGCAACUCUGCCGGAGAGCAUGCACAGCAUCCCCCUCACCAAUUUAGCCAUUCCAGGGUCUCAUGAUUCCUUCAGCUUCUACAUUGAUGAAGCCUCUCCAGUAGGUCCUGAGCAGCCAGAAACUGUCCAGAAUUUUGUCUCUGUGUUUGGAACUGUGGCCAAAAAGCUCAUGCGGAAAUGGUUAGCCACUCAGACAAUGAAUUUUACUGGCCAGCUAGGAGCUGGAAUUCGUUAUUUUGAUCUCCGAAUUUCCACCAAGCCCAGAGACCCCGACAAUGAACUCUAUUUUGCUCAUGGUUUGUUCAGUGCCAAAGUCAAUGAAGGCCUUGAGGAGAUCAAUGCAUUCCUCACAGAUCACCAUAAGGAGGUAGUGUUCUUGGACUUCAACCACUUCUAUGGGAUGCAGAAAUAUCACCAUGAAAAACUGGUCCAAAUGCUGAAAGACAUCUAUGGAAAUAAAAUGUGCCCAGCGAUUUUUGCCCAGGAAGUUAGUUUAAAGUACCUGUGGGAGAAGGACCAUCAAGUGCUGGUCUUCUACCAUAGUCCAGUGGCUCUGGAAGUACCCUUUCUCUGGCCUGGGCAGAUGAUGCCAGCACCCUGGGCCAACACCACAGACCCCGAGAAACUGAUCCAGUUUCUUCAAGCAUCCAUCACUGAGAGAAGAAAGAAGGGAUCGUUUUUUAUAUCUCAGGUGGUGCUGACCCCCAAAGCUAGCACUGUGGUCAAAGGGGUGGCAAGUGGCCUCAGAGAAACAAUCACAGAAAGAGCUCUUCCCGCCAUGAUGCAGUGGGUCCGCACGCAGAAGCCAGGAGAGAGUGGCAUCAAUAUUGUCACUGCCGAUUUUGUAGAACUUGGUGACUUUAUCAGCACUGUCAUAAAGCUCAACUAUGUCUUUGAUGAAGGAGAAGCCAACACUUGAUAGCACUACUUGGAGUUUCCAUGAAUAAGAUGGAGAAGGCUCAUUGUAUUAGGGCAUAUUAUCUGUAAACACUCUGAUCUUCCUAUUCCACCGAGUCUCUGAAGGGAAUAGGGCUAGUAGUGGGUGGGAAAAGGGGAAAACCUGUUUCUUCAGUGAUUACAAUCAUACUCUUCAUUACUAUAAAUAUUUCAUUUCCCAUUUGAUGAGCAAAAUCUACUUCUAGUGUUAGGAAUAAAAAAAAAAAAAAAGACCAGUAACUUUGUUUUUCAAAAUUAGUCUUUGUAACAUAGAAUUCAUGAGUGUUUACUUGAUUAGGUUCUCUAUUUCCAGCCUAUGGCUCCUACACUGUCUAUAUCCUGUAACCUUUCUGCUCCCUCUCUUGCUUGCUCUUUCUAGUCAGAUGCUGUAUGGGAAUCAAAACAAUUGAAUGCCCAACAUUUUGUGUAUUACAUUGUUGUCUUAAAACUUACUUGUUUUGUGGGACUUGUUAUAAUACUCUAUAGUCAUCUGCAGUUGGGCAAUCAUAGCUAACUUUUGGUCAUAGAAAAUCUGCAUCAAAUCAGUUUCCAUGCAUCAGUAAUACUGAAGGUCAUAAUCAGUGAUUUUUGUUAUAUGAAAAUAAUAGUUUUUCACAGUAUUUCUAUUUAAGGCAGCUAUAAAUAUAGGAGAAAAAUGUUUUUGGAGAACUGUGAAUGCCAACUUCAGAGGGAAAAAUGGUUGAGGGGUGAAAGAGAUGUAUGGCAUUUCAAUUUGGCAAUCUCUUAAAUAAUAUUGCCCUGCAAGUACCCAGUAAAUGGUAAGGUACAAGUGUGUUAAAUUGAAAACUCUGAAAAGAACUCUUUAAAAAGCCCUCUUAAUGAUGCUCUUGAUGAAAGAAAAGGAAGGAAGGAAGGAAGGAAGGAAGGAAGGAAGGAAGGAAGGAAGGGAAGGAGGGAGGGAGGGAAGGAAGGAAGGAAGGAAAGAAGGA